UUUCAUUCAUUUAUUUGUGUAAAACUAACACAUCAUACCAAAUUGUGUUCAAAUGAAAUACGUUACAGAGAUUUCAUGAAACUCAAACUAUUUAGGGGAAAGCAUGUCAGUUGCAAUAGACCUCUUGCACUGAAGUUUAUAAAGCCAUGUUUUCUUACCCUUAAAUGUUUAAAAGAAAAAAAAGACUGUUCAACAACAAGAAGCGAUGUUUCGAAAUUUUUCGUAAUCAUGCGUCAAUAUCGACUCUACUCAGUCCGGCCGUCGGAAGACCGGCAUCACGGCCAGAAGAUGGAGGAGGGCGUACGGCUGCAGUACGUCAGCUACCGAUUGCCGCACAACCAGCAGCUGUCCCCGCCCAUCGUGGUGAUGCACGGCCUGGCCCAGUCGCUGAGCUCCUGGCGGCGGGUCGCGCGUCACCUGUGCAGCAAGGGACCCCGUCGGGUAAUCUCGGUGAAUGCCCGGAACCACGGAGCAAGCCCCCAAACGAAUGGUCACACGGCCCUUAACAUGGCGUCCGAUAUCCUAACCCUGUUGCGUCGCAUGGGGCUGACUCGGAUGGUCGCUCUGGGCCACGGCAUGGGUGGUCGGGCAAUGAUGACCCUGGCUUUGGUGCAACCUUUCCUCGUCGAACGGCUGAUUGUGGUGGACGUCACGCCAGGUCCGGUGCCGGAUGACUGGUAUUUCAGCAGGGAGAGGUUCGAGAUGAUGACACAGAUCGCCCCCACAAUUCCAGGUCAUCUGACGCUCAACCAGGGUCGUCUCUUUGUUCUAAAAAAAGUGAAACACAACCUAAAGGAUUAUAAGGAUAUUAUGACGAUUCUUCAAAAUUUGCGCAAACCAAGUGAGAACAGUUUCGCAUGGUCGCUGAAUGCCAAGGCGGUGCUGAACUCUUGGACGGAUUUGGUCACCCACUACGAGGACACAUUGAAGGGCCUCAAGCCAUACACGGGCGAGGUGCUUCUCAUAGGAGGUUCUCAGUCAAAAUUCGUGACCAGCUCAAACAUCGAAAUAAUGAAGAAAUACUUCCCCAAUACCACGGUCGAAUAUUUGGACACCGGUCACCAGGUUUUCGCAGAAAUGCCUAAAAAGUUCGUUCAACUGGUGGCGAAGUUUACGCGAUAAUGCUGCGCAUGUAAUUGAUAGUUGGUUAUACUAUAGAACGUGGCCUUUAAAUGGGUUGCAGCUUUGGGAGUUUCCUGAAAUUUCAGCACUCAAUAUACUCGCCCGAUAAUUGCGCUGUCAGCACAAUGGAAGCCGCAAAAAGGGUGAAUGGCUGAAAGUAACAGACAGCUGGAUUUGCAGGACUAGGACCAGGACUGGCGCUCGCAGAAAGGAGCAAGAGCCAGAGCCAGAGCCAGAGCAGCCGAAAAUCAUUGGCACAUCAACUUGGCAGCCAGUUGAAUCGAUAGCUGGCACUCUCAGGUGCCGAGAAGUGCUCCAGCACACAAAGGUCCUCUACCAUUUUUGCCAAUAAAGUAGCACUAGGUGAGGCCAAAUGCGAUACAAUUUAGAUUUA